AUGCCAGUAAAAGCUGUUUGCGUUAUGAAUGGCGACGGUAUUUCUGGAGUUGUUCAUUUCGAACAAGCUUCAGAACAUGAUCAUACCCACAUAUACGGAAAAAUCUCUGGACUUUCUCCCGGAAAGCAUGGGUUUCAUGUUCAUGAAUGGGGAGAUAACACGGCCGGAUGCAUUUCCGCUGGUGCUCACUACAAUCCUUUCCAAAAAACUCACGGUGGACCGCAGGAUGCUGUUCGACACGUUGGUGACCUUGGCAAUGUUGAAGCCGGGGUCGAUGGGACGGCUUCCUUCGAUAUGAACGAUGACCAGAUCAAAUUGAUUGGCGAACAUUCUGUAGUUGGACGUACCAUGGUUGUGCACAAGCAGGUGGAUGAUCUCGGUAAAGGAGGUGAUGAAGAAAGUCUGAAGACCGGAAAUGCGGGCGAACGCGUUGCAUGUGGUGUAAUAGGUUUGGCGAAUCCGAAAUGA